CAAAAAUCUCACACGUUUCUAAAGAAAACGUUACUUGGAAAUCAGAUCAAGGGGCAGCAGCAGAUUUCCACUAUAAAUGCAUCAGGACAACGCUGAAAGUCACUGCUACCCAGCAAAACAGAGAAAAUGAGUUUCAUCCAGGUGUUCUCCUUCACUCUGCUGUCUGUUCUGGCAGCCAACGCUCAGGUCGUCAUGCCUGACAGAUGUCCCAAUGCUGCAGUUCAGGAGAAGUUUGAUGCUGCAAGGUAUCUUGGUAAAUGGUAUGAAAUCCAGAGGAUGCCCCACAUGUUUCAGGAAGGCCAGUGCAGCACUGCCACCUACAGUCUACAGAGUCCUGGUGUUGUUGGAGUCCUCAACAGGGAGCUGCUUGCGAAUGGGACUGUUGAUGAAAUCACCGGUAUUGCCAAACCCGACCCCGCUGAGCCUGCCAAGCUGCUGGUCUACUUCUUUGAGGACUCUCCUCCUGCUCCUUACUGGGUUCUGUCCACAGACUACGACAACUACGCUCUGGUCUACAGCUGUACCGACCUCAGUGUGCUCCAUGCUGACUUUGUUUGGAUCCUGAGCAGGCGGCCCACUCUGCCCGACGAGACCGUCGAGGAGCUGCACAGCAUCCUGCUGUCCAUCGGAGUCAGUGUGGACAAGCUGCUGACCACCAACCAGGAUGUAGAUUACUGUAGUGUCAUGAACCAUUAAAUUAAUGCUAAACAGGU